GGGAAGAGCUGUCAAACUUUCGCUGUGAUCAGUUUAUCUGAUUAUUUCACGACAGAAUCCAUUCUGGUACAUUGUCUUAGAACAGAGUAUGUGCACAAGUGCGACUAAAACAAAAGCGGUAGAGCCGUUAAGGCAGACAAAGAUACUGGAUUACAUGAAGAAGAUUCCUGCCUCAAAAUUCACAACAGGGAAAAGGAAAAGUCUACUCACAGGAGAAGUCUCACCAGUUGUAAAAUUAACAAGUGAGCUUGAUAGAAAUGCACAUGAUUAUUCUCUGAAUUCAGCUGACCGUCAAGACUGUUAUGAAAUUGUUGAACCUUUUUUGAGUGUUAAUGGCUUUGGACAUUGGCAUAAUCUUAGGAAGAGAGCCAAAGUUGAUUAUACAGCAACGAAAAUCUCAGGUGGUGAAGAUGGUAACAAAGAGGUUGGAAAAGAUCUGAGUGAUGAUAACACAAAUCAGCAAGGUAGAAAUAAUAUAGCAAAAUAUGACAGGGAAAGACAUGAAUCGGGUAUAAAGAAGAGGGAUGAGAGGGAGAAAAGAGGGACAUUGGGCAGACAAACUAGUGGUGAAUUUAAUAUGAAGGGGGAUGUAAAAAGAAGACAAAAAGAAAGAAGUGAAAAAAUAAUGUGUUCUCAUGGUUCAGGGAAAGAAGAUGAAGAUAAAGAUUGGAACUUUAAAGGAAAAUCAAAAGUAAGGAAGUUAGAUUCUAAUGUGAAUAAUGACAGUAAACAAGACAAUAUACAAACAGAUAAGCAGAUGUGCAGUGAUGCUGGAAAUCAAAAACUGUAUUCUCUGGAGGACAAGUGUCAGAGUUGCAGGUACACAGGGCAUAUUGGAGAUUCUGUGAAUACUGAAACAGAAAAGACUGCAGCAUGCAACACCACUGAAACUGUUCAAACUUUGAGGAAUAUAGAAAAACCUAUUUAUGGAAGGAAUGAUCAUAUUGAAGCUGCAUGUGCUGUUUCAGAAGAAUUAACAGAUAGAAGUAUAUCUUGCUUGAACUUAAAAACUGUUGAUAUUGUGGAAAAGGAAGUUGAGGAUGGUAACAAAAAGAUUGAUAACUUUUUCAGAGUGAAGAAGACAGCAGGUAGUGUUCAGAAGGUUGAUGUUACCCCAAUGAAAGAUUACCAAACAGUUGAAAAACAUGAUCCUGUUAUAGUAGAUAGGGUAAUUGAUACUGAUAAUAGCUCAAAUAAAUUAUUUAAUUUUUACAUGACUUGUCCUGUCCCUAUACCAGAGAUAGAUUUUGACAUUACUGAUUAUAUAGAUGUUUACAACUUCCAAAUUGUCAAAGAAAAGGCUUUUGAUGUAGUUCAGACAGCUGUAAAUGAAAAAAGAGCUUCUUUGGAAAUAACUAGAAACAAAGCACAAUUUGUAGAAAAGCUUACAUGCAUGGAUACCUCAGCAAAUUGUUACAAUGAAUCAGAUGCAGACCAGAUCGUCCAAAAUCAUGUAGAUCAGCUAAAAGCUUCUUUUGAUGAUUUAACAGGCCAGGGCAAUGGAAACAAAGAAGCAAAAUAUAGUACAUCUAAUGACAGUUUAAAAAACCUCAGGUUUCAGAGUAACAAAGUUGAAGUGAAUCAGAAAACUGAUAGUGGAGAGGGCCUAUGUGGUUCAAGAAUGGAAACUUUGAGAGAUAAACUUAAUAUUGCUGUGGAAGAUGAAGCUAGUUAUGUAGAAGAUAUAAAUGACAUGUAUAGUGUUGGGCCUAGUGAAAGUUUAUUAGAACGCGAUAUUAUUGAACAGAUACAAGUAACUAGAAGUGAAAGUGGUAAAUGCACAGGAGAACACACUGGAGGAUCAGAAAGUACCAGUAAGAAUCCUAGUACAACGGAUGCAUCUCCAACUGAAAUCAUGCCAUUACAAGCUUCAUCUGUAGCGGAAGUUAGUUCUGUAGGGUUGGUGGAUGAAAAGAGCCAUUUACUGGUUGGUAGUGUUGUAUGGGGAAGGUUUAGUAAGAAUGUCUGGUGGCCAGCUCUGGUGUUGGAAGAGAAAUUGGUUCGGAAAUCAAACAAAGAUGGAUUUGUUUGGCUGUACUGGUUUUCUGAUGAACAAUACUCUCAGGUAAAAGAGUGUCAUGUGGAUCCAUUUUACAAGAAGUUUUUGUCAAGAUGCAGACAGACUAACAAUAAAAAAAUGAAGAAAGGGAUAUCCUUGGCUUUACAGAUUUGUGCAUGCAGAGCAGAGGUAGAUGUGACCAAGUAUGGUGGGAUAGAUGGUUGGGUGCAAGCUGAUGAUGGUUUCUUAUAUAAAGACAGGCAGCUAUUUCAACCUAAGUCAGAUGAUGCAAUACCAGAUUAUGUUUUCGAAAAUUUGGGUUUCACACCACCGUCUCCUUGCUAUCAAACAUCAAUAACAAAUAGUGACAAUACAAAUGAAGGCCAGGAACCAGUUUCAGUAGGGCCAGAACAAGGAAAGCAGACAUGUAAUACUGUGUGCAACAGCAGAAAGGAAGUCUGUAGCACAACACAGGACAUUGGUUUCAAUGGGGACAGUGAUGAAGGUGAGAGGUGUUUAGCAUGUGAUACUACAUGGGAAGUUUGCAAUGAACACCCGUUGUUUGUGGGAAAGAUUUGUCGUAAAUGCAAGGAAGUGUUAAGAAGUUCAUUCUAUGCAAUAGAUGAUGAUGGAUGCAGUAUGUUUUGUUGCAUAUGUGGAGAGGGAGGAAGCCUGUAUGUGUGUGAUGAUAUACUAUGUGGAAAAGCAUAUUGCUUCAUUUGUGUAGCUAGGCACUCUAGUCCCACCACAGUGAAAUAUGUGAAGGAUGCCAAAUGCUGGAAUUGUUUCCUAUGUACUGAGUAUUCUACUUGUACUCAUGGCCGACUAGUUCCACAGGAAGACUGGUCACUGGAGCUGGUCAAGUUCUUCCAAGCAGGCCAAGUCCCUUUGUGUGAUGAUUUACAGUACAUGAAGACAAACAGUAAGAGAAAGCUGAGAGUAUUGUCCAUGUUUGAUGGUAUUGGAACAGGAAAGCUAGUGUUAGAUGAGUUAGGGUUAGACGUAGAGGUAUACUACGCCUCGGAGAUAGAACCAGAUGCCAUCCUUGUCUCUAGAUACCAUCACGCACCAGUACACCUAGGUGACGCUUGGGACUUGGAUAGAAAUAAGCUUGAGACGUUAUGUCCUAUAGACCUUGUACUUGGAGGACCGCCAUGCAAUGAUUUAUCUAUCGUAAAUCCAGCCAGGAAAGGAUUCAGAUCAUUAACACAAACUAGCCAAAAGAUUUGUGAUGUUGUUUCUGAGGAAGUAUCAUGA